AUGUUUGGCUGGGGCGGUGGUAUAGAUGUUGUCAUUUCCUAUCCCUCGGUCAACUUGCAAAACCGCAAACGGGUUGAUGUUGAUCGAGAGCGGACCCCCCCUGCUCAGCCCACGCCAUUGGAUUUUCCUCAAUAUGAUCCUCCUGGCAUUGCCUCUGAAGCCAAUCCGGCCACUUUCGACACCUUGUAUCGCCAACUGAUGGCCAUCAGAAAGCCUCAGGACAUCUCUGUCGACCAUAUCAAAACCCUCAACCUGCAGGUCGUUCGUGAUGUCCCUGCUUCAAACAUCGUCCCGGAAGAAUUGCUGAGAGGCCUCCCGCCGCUGCCGUGGGAGGAGCCUCAAGCCCCAGAAUCCGGCCAGGAGGCCUCUUCACAUCUCAUGGGAAAUGGCAAUCCUUAUCCUCCCCGGGACAAGUAUGACGUGGCCAAGACAGAGCUUCUCUUCGACAACGACGACGCUUUUCGGGAACUCGCGCGGAUGGCGCCUCGCCCUGGCCGGCAGAGGGUAAGAUUGACCCAGUCGAGGAAAUUCUGGGCCGGCCUCGAACGGAUGGCCCAGUACUGGGAUACUAGUCUCGAUAAUUAUUAUGAAAAACCGGUGCAGCCCCAGAAAUCCACCAAUGGAGAGACAAAGACAGACGCCACGCAGACGGACGAGACUCUGGCAGCUGACAAAGCUGGAGAUGACAAGAUGGACGUGGACAGUCCACAGGCCGAAAAGCCACAGGUCGAGACUGUCUACACCGGUCGUCGCAUUGGUGCCGGACACGAGAUGCCAGAGGACGCCCGCGAAGACACGCUUCGUGGGCUCCUCGAGAUGGCGGCGUGGCCGUUUGGAUGCCAGGCCGCCGUACCCUCUCUUCCCCCGAGGCUUGCGGUGCGCAAUCUGCUGUUCCCUGUCCGGCAGAGUCUUGUGGCAGGAAGGGCUCCCCAAGACCGGCAGACGGCGCGGAAAGGGAUCCUCGAGGGCCCAGUGCUCGUGGUGCAAUGCCGUCCGGAGACCUCGUUUCGGGAGCCCAACGAAGCUCCCGGACAGGGUCAAAGAGAGAUGUGCGACUUGAUCCGCGAAGUGGGCGCGAUGCUGCUGACAGCCCAAGAACGGGCCAGGGAGGGUUCAGUCGAGGUGAAGCCCGGCGAGGGGAAGUGGUGGACGACGACGCCGCGCUGGGGCGGAGCUCCCAACGACGGCGUGCCAAUCGAUACACCCGAAAACACGGACAGUAAACCGGAAGAGGAGGAGGCGACUGGCCACGCGAAUAAGCGAUCCCGGUAUGCGGAUCCGCGCAUGUCCUCACGACGGCAGGGUCCUAGUAAUUCGCGGAAGGCGUCGGCGGCGGAGAAGUGGAAGACGUUGCAGGCGGGGCCGAGUCUGUGGGACAAGAAGAUGCGAUAUAUGCAGAUUGGCAAGCCCAAGAAUAGCCCAUUUGACGAUAUCUACAUGAUCUCCAGCAUCAACCAUCACGUGUCGAUCGUGCACCUGCGGGUGCACCGGCGGUACCUCGACUACAUCACGCACGGCAAGAGUGAUUUCCACGAGGAAUCCGGGUCGUCAGACCAGCCGUGGUACGCGCUGUCGCUCCGCCGGACACGAUGGUACGACCUGAUGAAGGCGGAGGAGCGGUUAGAAGCGUUUGAGGGCGUGUGGCGGGUGUUCCACUACUUGAUGAGGAAUAAUCCCGAUUAG